AUGUCUGCCGCGCCUUCUACUCCUCGAAGAACCACGUUUGCCGGUGCCAGUGCCGUGCAGGCCUCGCCCCACUACCAGACCACCCGCAGACAUUCACUCUACGGAACAGAGGACCGCGUCGUCAUCGACCCCGGCUCGCGCAUAUGGAAGGUGGGGUUCAGCGGCGAAGGGCGUCCACGCGAUGUGUUCAUGGUGGGUCCGCUAUGGGGACUCAGGCGCGCGCCGGACAUGGCACAGAGGGAAGAAGAGGACAGGGUUUUGGAGGCGAGGUUGCAGGCCAAGCUGAGAGAGGUCUUUCAUGACUCUUUGUUAGCAGAUCCAAAAUCGCGAAAAGUCAUCUUAAUAGAGCAUCCACUGCUGCCGGUGUAUAUCAAGGAGAUGCUGGCAAGGAUUCUGUUUUCUAAUCUGCAGGUACCAUCAAUAUCGUUUGCUUCGAGCCAUCUGUUAUCCUUGCUGUCUGUGGGCAGAAUAACUGGACUCGUUCUCGACUGUGGAUUUCUGGAAUCUACCGUUCUUCCCAUAUUUUCCUCCCGCCCACUCUUCCCGCAUCUCCGCACGACGCCCCUAGCCGGUUCGCGGCUUUCAUCUCACAUCCGUGCUCUCAUCCUCCUUUUCGGAACCUAUCUGCCACCUCCGACCUCCCUCAGUGCAGCCGCGAACAUUCCUGCCGCAACCCGGUCGACACGAGUGCCACAAGAAGUUCUGACCGAUGUCGUCCUCGACGAAGUUAUCACCCGCUGCUGCUUCGUCGGCACCCCCAUCGACAAUAGGUCCGACAUGCGCGUUAUGUCUCCCGGCGAAGACGAACCGAUGGACUUGGACCUCCCGCCGAGCAGCGACAUGACGCCGUCCGAAUCUGACUUCUCGCGCGUCGGCUCCGCCGAUCUGGAGAGCAACAACGAACUUUCGCAGCCCGCUUCCUCCGGGUUUUCGAUCGUGUCGCGCUCGCAGAUCGCCCCAGAACGCAUGACAAGGGGCGAGACCCAUCUGCAGGCCCUUGCGAGCCUCUACACGCGCCACUCGACCGCGACAGAGCUGCAUUUGAAGGUCGUGCCACCCGUCGCGCAGCAGACAGGGACGGGGCGGGGCACCUUGAUUAUCCCUGGAUGGAUAAGAGAACGCGGAGCGGAGGUGCUGUUUGAGGGUGGAGACGUCGAUGAGAGCAGCGUUGCAGAAACGAUUCUCGAUUCAUUGCUGAAGGUCCCAGUGGACCUCCGAAGGACCCUUGCGUCCUCCAUACUCAUCGUUGGAGGCACGGCAAUGCUCCCAGGGUUCAUACCACGUCUCCACUUCGAGCUCCUCCACGCCAUCACAACUUCCCCAUCGUCGACCGCGCGCCCACCCAUGCGCCCCGGACGCCCGCGUCCACCGGCAUAUGAUCGCUAUGCAUCACUGCGCCCUCUCGUACCGCUCUUUGCUAUACUCAACAACCCAUCUCCGCGACCGCCCACCAGCGCGCCCGGCAGCGCGAACGCGGGAAAAGCGCCCGCAUUCACGCCUGCGACUAUGGCGUGGGUUGGAGGAUCGCUUGCUGGUGCUCUCAAAACCGGAGGCACGGAAGUGUCCCGCGAGAAGUGGGACGAAGUCGACGGGCAACAGGAUCAGGAUCCGGACGAGAGUAUCGCCGUCUCUGCGGUCCUUGAGGAAGGAGAGAUGCAUCGUGGUGGGAGGACCGUGAUUCCUGACUGGACGCGGACGGCGCUGCCUGUUGGUGCGCCCCCCGCAAAUCCGCGUCCACCGCCCGAGGCCACGCCUUCAAUGGCUGCUGUUGGUGCUUGA